AUUUGUCUGGUAAACUGCUGCAGCAACUUACCAUGAGUCAAAGGCAAGAGAAAAUGAAAUCUGGGAACAUGACAUAAAUGCAUACUUCCAGGAAUUAAAACCUCAUAAGGAUAUAACUUCCUUCAUAGUCAGUGUGGCACUACUGCAACAUCACUUCCUAAAGUUGUAAGUGACCACGCAAGAUCAGACCUUUUAGCUUUAAAUGAUUCAUUCUUCUUUUUUUAUUUCUCCCAUUAGGGCUUUAUUCCAAAGCCCUAUGGAUGUGACCUGUGUCUUGAGGCUGUUGAAAAACAUUGAGAAGUAAUGGGGUCAAGAGAAGUCCCAGCCAUGUAAGAACUCGUAUGCAUGGUAUACCAAGAUCUUUCACAAGAGAGAACAAAUAUUGGACUAUGUCCUAUAAAGGACUGCAGCAGGGUGUAAACUUUACGGGUGAGGAGGGAUCCGGUGUGUGCACACAGGGGCAAAACCCUGCCAUGCAUGGAAUGACACAGCAGCAACUGAUGUUACUUUGCUGCUUCCCUGCAAUGAGCAUAGCUCUUGCUCCAGGGAUCCUGCAGCAGUGCUAGUCGUGCAGGAGUCGCUGCAAACCCCAGUGCAGGUAUGAGCAUGAUGUGAGGUCUUAGUGGAUCUCUUUAUGUCCUCGUAGAUGUGGGAGGUUUAACCUCCUUUGCCUUUUUCCCCAGGAGAGGAUGUGAAAAGUCAAGAAGUUGUCCAGUAACUUCCAGGUAUUCCAGUCUCCUUUUGGAAACUCCUCCAGCAGGGGCUGAUCCAGCCCUAAAUGUCUACAUGUCCUGCUGUAGAACUGCUACAAAAUAUUUCACAUGUUCGCCUAUUUCUUAAGUGGUUUCCCAGUUGAUGCUUUCUACCCAAAUCCAGCUCACGCCCACUGGCACAUGAGAUUUUUUCUCUCAGUUGAUAUCAACACAUUGCAGAGCUGCAGCUGAAUCCUGUCUGAUUGCCAGGACCUCACUAGGGGACAACCUGGAACCUUCAUGAGCAAGGCUAAGCAGGAGAAGCCUUAGACACAGGCAGCCUUUUAAUUACUAGCGCUAAACCACCUACUUUUGUAUGGAUUUCUUGUUCCCUUAAAAGUAAGCAGCCAGUAUCUUCUUGGACAGCAAGUUGCCCAUGAGCCAGAAGGCCGGUGGGUUCUGGGGAGCAUUGGGAGGAGCGUGGCCAGCAGGUCGAGGGAGGUGAUCCUCCUGCUCUGCUCUGCCCUGGUGAGGCAGCAUCUGGAGUGCUGUGUCCAGCGCUGGGCUUCCCAGUUCCAGAGAGACAGGGAACUGCUGGAGAGGGUCCAGUGGAAGGCUGCAAAGAAGCAUCUCCCUUGUGAGGAAAGGCUGAGAGAGCUGGGCCUCCUUAGCCUGGAGAACACUGAGAGGGAUCUUAUCAAUGUCUACAAAUAUCUCAAGGGCGGGUGCCAAGAGGAUGGGGCCAGGCUCUUUUCAGUGGUGCCCAGCAACAGGCCAAGGGGCAACGGGCACAAACUGAAGCACAGGCAGUUCCACCUGAAUACAAGGAAGAACUUCUUUACCUUGAGAGUGCCAGAGCACUGGAACACGCUGCCCAGCGCGGUUCUGGAGUCUCCUCUGGGGACAUUCAAAACCUGCCUGGAUGUGAUUCUGUGCAACCUACUUGAGGUGAACCUGCUUUAGCAAGGGGUUGGACUAGAUAUCUCCAGAGGUCCCUUCCAACCCUGACCACUCUGUGAUUCUAGCUGGGUAUCUCUGCUGAACUGAGUGACAAACAUAAGCAGCAGUGAGAGGACAGCACUGACGCUGAGAGCAGCCUAGCAAUAAAUGCCACAUGCUCCCCAUUUUGCAAAAGCUGCUAUUCAAAUGUACUAGGUCUUUUGAGAUUUUCCCAUGCCAAAUACCUUGGAGCUAGCAAGAAAUCUGACCCUUGAAAUAUGACAGCUAGAGGUGUCUUCUUGCUAAGAUUGAAAACUGUUGUGUGAACCACUAGAUAAAGUUAUUUUGCUUUCCUUUUUUCAGUUUAACCAAACCGGUUAGUGAAGGGUGGUGAUGAAAGUGUUGGCAAAAUGCCUUGGCUGCCAAGAGCUUCAGGGUAGGGUUAGAUAUUAAACCGCAGUGGGUGGAACCCGUCAGAGUAAGCUUCUAUGGAACUGGGGCAGGAGGGUAAAGCACUGCUAAGUGAUUCAUCAUGUACAGGAUUUCUAAGUGAUAAAUGGGCUGUAUGCUGGCCUUUAACUCAGUCUGGGUGCUGUAUGCAGUACUGACAGCCUCCUUGCUUCCUCCCUCCUCCAUGACCUUUGCCAAAACCAAGUCUGUGUUGUCUAAAGAGAAUAACAUCCUGGUGUUAUCAGGGGGAAGAAACCUCCGUGUGGGAAAGUCUAGAGUUUGCUUGGAUUAGGCAACCCUAUCCUUUGCUAACUGAUCUAAUCAGAACUCUGUGACAAGCUGUGUAAGGUGAGACUAGCGAGGAGAAAGGAGAUGCAUAGCAGAACAGAAGUAAAGCUUGUUAGCAUCGAUGCAGCAGAAAUAGCAGAUGGAAAUUCCUCUCUGGUACUUGGACUAAUAUGGAAUAUAAUCUUGUUUUUUCAGAUUAAGGAGCUGACAGGCAACCUCAACAGGAACUCCUCCUCCUCCAGCCUGUCUUCUGGGCCCAGUGGUCCAGAGUCAGACACAUCCCACCCCAGCACUCCCAGUGUGGAGAGAAACAUGUCUGUUACAGUGAAGGAUCAGCGGAAAGCCAUCAGAGCCCUUUUGAUCUGGGUUCAGAGGAAAACCAGAAAGUACGGUGUUGCAGUUCAGGACUUUACCAGCAGUUGGAGGAGUGGCCUUGCUUUCUUAGCUGUCAUAAAAGCAAUAGACUCUACUUUGGUAGACAUGAAGCAAGCACUGGAGAAAUCAGCUCGAGAAAACCUGGAGGAUGCUUUCAGCAUAGCACAGAAUAAGCUGGGUGUUCCUCGGCUCCUAGAACCAGAAGAUAUCAUGGUAGAAUCACCCGAUGAACAGUCAAUUGUGACAUACGUGGCGCAGUUUCUGGAACAUUUCCCAGAGCUGGAAGGGGAAGACUUUACAGAUCCUGACAAGGAGCUUCCAAUUGAGUCCACGUAUGUCCACAUCAAAGAUACACCUUCAGAAAAGGAAGGCAAAAUCUUGAUUUUAAGUGAAAGUGAAGAAAAUAUGUAUACUGUUAAUCAUGAGAGGAGUCAUCCUGCUCCUCCAAAGGUUCAUAUUCAUGACACCCCUGAGAGAAUCCAAUCAGAAACCGUUCCUGAAAAAUGUAAUGGGAAAUUGAGUCAAGUGUUAGGUGACUCACAGGAAACGUCUGAAGAGGAGCCUCGGAGGCCUACCUCACUGAAAAUUACAGGAUCUGUCAGUUUUGAGUCCAAUUCCUCUUGGGAGGUUCUAAGUGAUAAAGUCAUGCCAGGUGAAGGGGGCAUAUCUGACGAUCCACUGAAACAGAACGAUGACCUUUCUCCAGCUGUUCUGACAGAUCAGAAAAAUUCUGUUGACUCUUUUGAAGACUACUCUGAAGAAUUAACUAAAGAAACCUCUACUGAAUAUGACAAUGAAACUAAGAGCCUUUCAGCCAAUACUUCUUCUUUGAGUCCAUUAUCCUGGACUUCAGGUAUACUUACAGAUGAAUCUAUAAAUAAAGUAGAAGAGAGCAAACCCCAGACUUCAGUUCUUUUACCAGAAGAUACCUCAAAAGAAGAAAAUACGCAUAAGUAUGUUCUUCAUCUUCUAAAUGAGGAAAUACUGAAACUUCCACAAAAUGAACAUACAAAGCAAUCAUCUGUCUUUGAGACAAUAGAAACUAACCAUUGCUCACUGAAUGGUUCUAAUCUCAAAAGCCAAGAACUAUCUACACAGGAUGAAACAUCUGAUGACUCUCUCUCAGAUGUACCUAAAAAUCCAGAGGACAUGAACAGCUCUGAUGAAGUUGAGUUUUCAGCUGAAGUGCCACCCAGUUCUUCAAAAGUAUCUGUAAUACCCCAUGAUCUCUUUUAUUAUCCACAUUACAAUGUUCCCAUAUCAGCAGUUUUAAAUGCUUAUCUUGAGCCUUGUAUUGAUACUGAAGGUUAUGAUACUGAAAAUGACAAAGCUUCUUCUGAAACAGUAACAGAUGUUUUGUGUGAGAAGGGCUUACUAGAACAGAACAACAAGGAAGAUGCUCCAGAUCCAGACUUAGGGAAUAAGAUAAGUGUCCCUCCAUCAGAAAUAGAUACUGAGAACAGUGAGGAAGAAACAACAGAUAUUAACAGCGACAUGAAUUCUUCCGAUGAAAAAGAAGUGCCAUUACUAGUAAGAGAAGAGUUAGAAAUUGAAAAAGAUGGCGAAAAGGCCACCAGCCAUCAAGAUUCCCCUGUUCCACCGCAUCCCGAGACCAUAGUAGAGCACCUUGAGGAUUUAUCAGUAGCCAUAAAGAGACCAGAAGAAAGUAGCAAUAGGGAGGAAGAAGGGAAAAAUACGAUUGAAGAAGACCUACAGGUCUCAGAAGUUGCCACUGCUACUCUGUCACAAGAUAAACUGGAAGAAAUUGCUGUUUGCCAGGAAAUGACCAGAACCAAUGACAGUGACUCCAACACUUAUCUCCGAAAAAGAUUUCCUAAUACUUCUGAGGAGGCAAUGUAUGGUGUAAAUGAGCAGAAGGUGACAGAUAUGGGUGAAAAUCCGUUAAUUAUCAGGAAGAAAAAGGACUUGGAAGCAAGUGAGACUCCAGCACCAACUCAUGAGAUUACUAUCGUUGACCAGCCAGAGCUAUUCUACUUCAUCAUUUUCUUCUGGGUGCUGGUCUACUGCCUUUUACUCCUUCCACAUCUUCUUAGCAACAAAGUUUAAUCUCUGUGAGGUGGGGAAAAAUAAAGGAUGGUGGCUGGAUUGCUUUGUGUAUCUGCAUAUGAAUAUGCUCCUUCAGGUGAAGCACAAACAGAAAUGUAGGACCUGGUAUUUGUGUUCAUUAUCAGGUUGUCCUCAGUUCCUCUACUGUUGUGCUAUGACAGUGUCUAAGCACAUUUUAUAUUAGAUAAUUGUGUACAUAUAUAUAAAAUUGACCAGAUUUAGUAGACGCAAUUUUGUACAUUUGUGCCUUGCUUUAUAAGAUGCUAAAUAAAACCAGAUAAUUAUCAGUAGAAAUAUGAAUAAUCCAGAGCUCUAGUCUUCAAAAAUCAUUCUUCUGGCUUCGUUUAGUUAUGUAGGGCCAGACAGCUGUGGAAGAGGGGUGGUGCUGGCUUGCCCAUGAAUCUGGCCCAUCUACAAGGGCAAGGCUAGAAAUGCUUUUUCACAUUUUCCAUUGAAUUCUUUGGAAGAGCUGGAGGCAGAGCAGAGCUGCAGGUGGUGGAACAUGCCUACCCCAGGAACUGAUUACAAUUCCAACGGCAAUCAACUGGAGCAACAAAAUCAGGUUGAUGGUUUAUUUGGGUAGGGGAGUUUGGGUUUUUAGAAUCUAAAUUCAUUUUUAUCCUGCACCUUUUCUUAUGUUUAAUUCAUGGGAAUAAGUUGGGUGCGGAGAAGCAUUAGAACAGACUGUCCGGGGAAGUGGCUGAGUCACCAUCCCUGGAGGUUUUUAAAAAACACGUAGAUGCAGUAGUUAGGAACAUGGUUUAGUGAUGGACUUGGCAGUCCUGUUUUAACUGUUGGACUUGAUGAUCUCAAAGAUCUUCUCCAACCUAAAUAAUUCUAUAAUUCUAUUCAGUGUGAAGAACAUACAUGCCAGCUGCUUCUUAGGAGGGAUCAUAUGGGGAAUCUUGGCCCAGAAAAUUCUGUAGUGAAUACCUGAAGAAAUAAGACUCCUUGUACAUUACUGAUGGUGGCCAUCAAGAAACUUUGCAGUUUUUUCAGGAAGAGAUACCAUGGUUUUGGUUUUGUUUUUUCUUUGGUUUUUUUUUUAAGUACCUCACUGCUUCUGAGGCUGUUUCUUCUUUUCUCUGCUGUUUUUACUUAGCAGACCAUGUGGAGAUACCCUCUUUUUUGAAGACAGAAAAAUAAUAAUAAUUUGCUGAUACUACUGUUAAGGCACAAGUGCAUGGUAAAAGGAUUAGAAAUAUCCUUUAAAUGCCCAAAUCAAUAAAGAAAGAAAAGACAGAUAAAAAAUCAAAUACAGAGAAAUGCUGACAGCUGGCAUUGACUUUCUAGGGCAACUGAAGAGACUCCUGUGGCUUGUACACAAACAUGGUUGAGCCACUUCUGCAUCUUGUAAUUUUUGUCCACAUCAGUGAUUACUUCAGGAUAUUUGGUUUAUGAUUUUUGGCAGAGAAGGUGUACCUGUGCAUUACAGGAUAAAAGAGAAGUCUUCAAAUUCAAUUUGAUAGCAGUAAUUUUUCUCUGUGUGAUUUUUAGUGAAGUCACUAUUUUUCAUCAGGACAUUUUUGGUUUCGUAGUAUGCUUUAUGAGACUACAUCAUGUUGCUGCAUCCACCUGAAAAUUUGCAAGGUUGGCUGCAGUGUGCUUCAUAAAAUGAGGGGUUUAUAAUUUUCACUGAGCAAAAGUUACAACGUAUGGCUGUAAGUUUUAAAUAUUUUGUUUUAGCAUAAGGUGUAUCUCUGCCCUGGCUUAGUUUUCAGCUGAACUAAGAACUUCAUUUAUUUGCAGGUACCUGUCUGUAGUCAUGUUAUCUGCUGGGAUAAUCCUAACUGUCCAUCACACUUCAUUCUUCUUCAUAAGGUUUUUGUUUCCCUGGGAUUUUUAUUCUGAGCUGCAGUUAGAAUUCAAUAGCAGCAGUGCACGGCAGGAGAUCUUAAACAUUGAAGAUAAAUUUCUGAACCUCUUUCAGUCAACAGAAAACUGAAAUCUUUCCUAUUCUUUCCUGUCACCAUUGACUAGAGCUGGAUUCACCCCACAAAUCUAAAAAUAAGAUCCUUUGUGCUUGGUGAGGAACAGAUCUAAAUUUCCCAACUUAAUUCAGUGUAAAUCAACAUACGCUAAAAAAUUAGUCUUUCAACUUGCUGAUGAAAAUGUUCAACAUUUUGAGUCAUCUGAUGUUGUGAUGCAGGAACAUGUUUGUGCUUGGUGAUGAUGACAGUGAUAUUUUCUUCUGAAAGAAAACCUGUAUUAGAAUUUUUGACGAUGCUUUCUUCAUACAGGCUUAAAUAUAACAUUGAAGGGCUAGUGCUUUUUCUCUGAAAGAAUGAAACAAUACAAGAAACUUGAUAUCUCUAUCCUAAAACCCAGUGAAUACCAGGCUUGGGGUACAGCAUCUAUUUAAUAGCAGCAAGUAGCAAUGCACAUUAGUUUGGAGCAAAAGUGUUGGCAGGUUUUCAUUAUGUGCCACUCUUCACAGGCUCCUUCAGUUUACGACAACUUUUUCUGAGCUUUUUUAUCUUACUCUCUGGUUCUUCCAUGUUUCUUAGUCUUCAGCAGAGAUAAUCUGGAGUAGGAUUAGUCUCUUAGACGCAUCCAACUCACGGAACUUUACAGCUAUCAAAAGUUCAAUCAAGUGAAGUAAGCUCCCUCCUGUCUUCUCUCCCUCCUCCUAAGAGAAUUAAUCAGAAAGUCUUUGCAUGUCUCAUCUAAACAACUGACGUCCAUAAAGAAUGGAAAAGUGAAUGGGAAUGCACUGAUGCUGACAAUUUCAUUACACAGUAUUUUCUUCCAAUAGGAAGAAAACCUAGGGUUUUCCUUCUUACUUCCCACUGAUGAACAGUGACUGAAACAGUGAGAUGGGUAGUUUAAAUGUCAAACAGCAUGCAGCAAUUGUCCUGAUCGUCGCAGCUAAUGUUUAAACUAAUGUAUGCUUUCCAGCGCAUCCCAUUAAGGGAUGGAGAUUGUUCCUUCCAUGCAAAAUAGCUGAAAAGAAUACUAAAUUAGUCCAUGGUACUAGGUAUUAAGUUGCUUGCCAUAUCUGGGUUGGUAUGGUUGUGGUGCUGCUAUAACAGAAGCAGCGUACCUUACUCAGCCAUUCCAUGGGUGAGAAGAUCCCAGGUAAAAAGCUAAGAGUGAUUAUACGGGUAUCAUCAGCUGUGCAUAAAGAGACUGAACUCCUCAGGAGUUUUGCCAUUACUUGGAACUGCAACAAAUAACAUCUAAAGAAGCAGCAGCUUCACCCACUUAAAUUGACCUGUAAACCUGCAUCUCUUCUUCCACGCUGCAAGAUCCAAUCCCUCAAUGCAAGUGCCCCAUUCUGAAAAUGAUGCCUAUGGCUGGUCUUUGUGUCCUAUUCUGAGCUAUUCAGUCUAAAAGCCUGAUUGUGAGGCAUUCACUGUGUCAAAGCCUGAUUUAACUUGCCGGCUAGAGGACUGGCUUGAGGUAGUGGAGGUUUUAAAGGCUGGUGGGUAAUCUGUCAUGUAUCCAUUUUCCAACAGAUAUGUGCACUGUCUGAUUAAGGAAGUUUUUCCUGAAUUUUUGUCUAGGAUUUUGGAAAAUGCUAAGCUUGAACUGGCGCAUUUGGUAUUUUGAUUUAGCAGCAGAAUUCAGAUACACAAGGGUACCAAUCUGCUAAGACCCUUCCUAAAACCCGUUGUUGUUGAGCAGAUGUGUGGGUAGCAUAUGAUUGUGAAGUGUAAGUGUCAGGAAGUGCUCGAGGAUCACUGCGUAAAGGAUGUUUGGUGUUCACAAAAGCACCAUUAAAGACUGAGAGACAUCUAUAAUAAGAUGGUUCAAUGUUACUGUAGUCACGUAACUUAACUCCAAAAUGUUUCAUUGGGAUUUUAUAGAAAGUGCAAGGAAAGGUAAGCUGUUAGACAGAACCCUGCUAAAUGUUUAUGGGACAGAUAGAGUUCGAGUUAAACGGUCACAUAAUCUACAAACUGAAUUGAAUAUAGCCUUUGCUAAAUUGUAGGAAAUGAUCAGUGCAAAGGUAGGGCAAGCACAGAUUACAGAAAAAAAAUGACAAUCACUUUUGUGCCAUGAAUAUUUUUGAUGGAUUGAGCUCUAAAAUGUAUUUUUAUUGAGUUUCUAGAUUGUAAUGAAUGUGUCUACAGAAUUUUAUGCAAAGCUUGAGAGUUCAGCUGUUUUAAAAUGAUUUUUUAUAUAGCAGUGAUUAUUUUAUCUAUAUAUUUAAUAGAACUGUAAAACCAUUUUAAGAGUACCUGUAAAAUUCUAUGUAUGUGAUAUGAUUAUUUAUUAAUUAUGACUCAUGAGAAUGAACAUUAAGCUAUGCAUUGCUUGUGUCAUCCAUAGGAAAACUGGAAACUGCAAAAAGCAGAAGGGUUUUUAAUGAACAGUAGACUUGAAAAACAUGGGAAAUGACUGAAUACAAUUGUGUGAUUCUUAAAGCUGCAUAGCAAUGUGUCAUUUUGUGAUGUUAAACUUUCAGCUAAAGUUGCAAAAUAUACUGAGUGAUUAAGCUGCUUUCUUCCAUUAAAGCUUCCUGAGGCUGAAAUUUC